AUGCCGCGCUCACUAUCAGCCGUCUCGUCCCUCGAGAUCCGAGAUCUGAACAGAGAUCAGAUCCGCUUUUAUCAUCCCGGCUAUCUCAAACCGUUGAACCUUCUUUUUUGCCUCCCACGGGUGGACUACAAUACCACAGAGGGGGCCUUUGGCGUGCAUUAUAUGACGGCUCUUACGGCGUGUCAGAUUGUCGCGAAUAAUGCUUUUGAGAAGGGUUAUUUAGCGAGAGAUGAGAGAGGAAAGGACAGAGUAUCUGACGAUGAAACGAUACUGCUGCAACGAGACUACUGGUUCUUCGUCGAGGGCGAUGAUCGAUAUGCGAUUGUUCCAAGCUUCAGAGACUGGCAAUUUCCUCAUGACAGACUACCUGAAUGGUGGAGUGUCCCGACCUCUAGAACAUCACUUUAUGCAAAGCGAUGUGCCGUCACAAACACUAGCUAUGCUUUCACAUGGGCACAUCUGAUCCCCAGAGAAGAACAGAGUUGGUUCAGCAAAAAUGGCAUGGGUCUUUAUGGUGGUGGAUCACAUACUAUCGAUGACCCGCACAAUAUUUUACCGCUCAAGGCCGAUCUCUACGUUUGCUUCGACCAAAGCGUGUUUGCUCUUAUUCCAAAGCAAAGCGGUCAAGCAAAUGGAGUCGAAGCAAAUAGCCAAUAUGUUCUUCACGUUCUCGAUGGUAGAGAAGCAGAGUUCACUGCACUAUAUCAGAACCGUCCUGUCGAGACUCUUGUCGAGGGUAGCCGAGAAUAUCUCUUUGCAAGAUUUGCUUGGUCCAUCUUUUCAUUCCUCAAGCCUUUUCUCACAUCCGGCGUGGGACGAAGAGUCGUCAGAUUCCGCCUCAGAGCUUCCGAUGAUGACGCCGAGGAGGAACACUUGAUCUCUGAGAUGCAGAAUGUCUUCCUCGAUUCUCGAAAGCUUGAGUCGCUAUAUGGAGGUGGAAACCGACGGAAGAUGGUGUCAUUGGAGGAUUCAUAUGUGGAUGUUGAAGAUGAAUGGGAUGACGAGCACCCGGGACGGACUGAGAUGGAAGGCGACGAGGGAGAUAUAUUCCUGGAGAGCCGUGGGCGAGGCAACAAGGUUCUGUCUACAGACAAGAAUGCUCUAGUAUCAGUUAUUCUGCGUGUCCUCGAAUAUUACCAAGGAAUCUUGCUCUUGACCACAAACCAAAUCGCCGACUUUGACGUCGCGAUCCCUUCGCGUAUCCAUCUCAAAAUUAGAUACGAAAGUUUGAAAACAUCACAGAUGGAAGCUAUCUUCGAUAGCUUUCUCAAGGAUCUGGAUGAAAGAAACCUCAUCGAGGACUAUGCCGACAUCAAGGAUUGGCUCGACGAUAGUUUGUAUAAGGAAAAGCUUGAUGGUCGCCAGAUUCGCAACAUGGUUACUACGGCUCUAGGUCUCGCACGUGCAGAGUCUCGUUCUGGUGGAGGGCAAAAGCUGAACAAGAGAGGGGACUUCAAUGCGCAGAUGCAGCGGUACAUCGAUGGGCAGGAGAAGAAGAUCAAGUAA